AUGCUAGUUCUUCCAGGUGCCUCUUCGAUCUCUAUACCUAAGCGGGAUACCCUCUUGCGCAGUAUUCAGCAGAUAUGUCAUAAAGUGACAUAUUUGGAUGCCGUUUGGAUUCAUUUGAUCAGGUGUCGAUCCGAGCAACUCGAGGCUGAGCUGUCACAGACGUCUUCAACGUCGCGAAAGACCUUGGACCGACUUCUGGCAUAUGGAGACGACAUUACGCUGGAUGGGACACAAUUAGCACUGUCAAAACACGAGAACGUUGUAUAUGUGCUGCCCAGACCAGGUUCGGUAUCGCCCUGGUCGAGCAAAGCGACCGAUAUCGCUGCCUUGUGCAAUCUGGGAGCUCAUGUAGAAAGGAUCGAGAGGGGCACGGCAUUCAUCUUCACCUCUUCCGAACCAAUUACGCUCUCCGACCUCGCUACUUUCUCUCAGCUCAUCCACGAUCGCAUGACGCAGGUCGCUCAGCUCACCCCACCCGAUGAGACUGGGCUGUUCGCGCAUGACAAACCCAAACCUCUCCGAACAAUUGAUCUUGCGGGAGUAGUCGGAGACGCGAAGGAGAAACUCAUUGUUGCGAAUAAGGAGCUUGGACUCGCCCUUGCCGCGGAUGAAAUAGACUACCUUGUCGACGCAUACGCCGCAGGAUCAGCAGCUAUGAACAGGAACCCCACAGACGCAGAGUUGUUCAUGUUUGCUCAAGUGAACUCGGAGCACUGUCGCCACAAGAUCUUCAACGCGUCAUGGACUGUCGACGGCGAAGCUCUGCCGUCUUCCUUGUUCCAAAUGAUCCGAAAUACCGAAAAAAUUAGCGGAGCAGGUACUAUUUCUGCUUACUCGGAUAACGCUGCUGUCCUCGAAGGGCAUCUCGCACCCCGCUUCAGCACCAUUAAGCACCUAUACCAAUCGCACGAAGAAGAAAUGCCCAUCCUCAUCAAAGUCGAGACACACAACCAUCCCACCGCUGUUUCUCCUUAUCCAGGGGCAGCCACCGGGUCAGGCGGUGAAAUUCGCGACGAGGGUGCUGUCGGGAGAGGCUCCAAGCCCAAAGCUGGUCUGUGCGGGUUCACCGUAUCUAACCUCCUCAUCCCCGGAUACGAACAGCCCUGGGAGACCGAUUUUGGCCGUCCGGCACACAUUGCUUCUGCUGUUGACAUCAUGAUUGAAGGGCCACUGGGAGCCAGCGCGUUUAACAAUGAGUUUGGUCGUCCAGCUCUAACAGGAUACUUCCGCACGUUUUCUGAAAGCGUGCCUGUUUCUGGCACGACGAGGGAGGUAAAAGGCUAUCAUAAGCCUAUCAUGAUCGCUGGCGGAUAUGGCAAUGUCCGACCCCAGUUUGCGAAGAAGCAGGCCAUCUCUCCUGGGGCGAAGAUCGUUGUAUUAGGCGGUCCUGGGUUGUUGAUUGGUCUGGGUGGUGGUGCCGCAUCAAGUCAAGUGUCAGGUGCAAGUUCUGCUGAGUUGGACUUUGCAUCGGUCCAGAGAGACAACGCUGAGAUGCAGCGGAGAUGCCAGCAGGUUAUCGAUUCGUGUGUUGCUCUUGACAAGGAAAGUCCCAUCCAGAGUAUUCACGACGUUGGCGCUGGAGGGCUGUCGAACGCGCUUCCGGAGUUGGUUCAUGACUCUGGACUGGGCGCUACGUUCGAGAUCCGGGAUGUGUUGGUGGCAGACUCUUCUAUGUCGCCCAUGGAGAUCUGGUGCAAUGAGAGUCAGGAGCGAUACGUCCUGGCCAUUGCUGCGGACAAGGUGGCCGUCUUUGAGGAAAUCGUCAAGCGGGAAAGAUGUCCUGCAUCCAUCGUGGGAGUAGCUACCUUGGAAGAAGAACUGGUCGUCACAGAUCGCCUUUUCAACCAGGAUGUCAUCCGGCUUAAGAUGUCGACACUCUUUGGCAAGCCUCCCAAGAUGUCGAGAAAAGACACAACACGGAGACCUGAUCGUAUUGACUUCGACUCCUCCCUUUCAACCUUCCUGCCGAACACACACUCCCUUCAAGAUCGUCUUCCUCUUGCAAUUGAUCGUGUCCUGCGCCUACCUUCAGUCGGCUCCAAGUCUUUCCUCAUCACUAUCGGCGACAGAACCAUCACAGGCCUCGUCACCCGUGAUCAAAUGGUAGGCCCAUGGCAAGUGCCUGUGGCUGAUGUUGCAGUCACUCGCUCUUCCUACGGAUUCGACGUCCUUUGCGGUGAGGCUAUGGCCAUGGGCGAACGCACGCCUCUCGCUCUCAUAAACGCUGCAGCCUCCGCACGCAUGGCUGUUGCGGAAUCGCUAACCAACAUCGUCGCAGCCACCGUUGGCGACAUAUCCAAGAUCAAACUAUCCGCAAACUGGAUGUGCGCUGCUUCGAAAGAGGGCGAGGGAGCGGCUUUGUAUGAGGCAGUCAAGGCCGUUGGGAUGGGAUUGUGCCCUGCUCUAGGGGUGGGGAUUCCGGUUGGCAAGGACUCCAUGUCGAUGUCUAUGAAGUGGCGUGAGGGAGAGGAGCAGAAGGAGGUCAGCUCCCCUCUUUCGUUGAUCAUCACUGCGUUUGCCCCUGUGAAGGAUGUCCGCACAACCUGGACUCCUCAGUUGCGCAAGGACAUUGAUAAACCCACCAGCCUCGUCUUCUUCGACCUGGCCAAGGGGAAGGAACGAUUGGGAGGUUCUGCUCUCGCCCAAGUUUUCAAGGAGAUCGGUUCUGAAGCGCCUGAUGUUGAGAACCCCGCUGUGCUGAAGGCCUUCUUCCAAGGCUGCCAACAGAUCAAAGCCAGCGAUCCUGACCUCGUCCUUGCGUAUCAUGAUCGAUCUGAUGGUGGUCUGUUCACUACAAUCGCGGAGAUGUGCUUUGCUGGCCGUGUCGGGGCUGAGAUAUCUCUUGACGCACUCCACUCUGACUCCAACCCCAUUCCAACCUUGUUCAAUGAGGAACUUGGGGCAGUUGUUCAGGUCCGCCAGUCGCAUCUUCCGCGCCUUAUGACCGUGUACAGCAAUGCUGGUUUCCCGUCCACGUCCAUCCACGUCAUUGGCCGCGUCACUGAUGAGCAGACUAUCACCAUCAACCACAAAGGCAACACCCUGUACGUCGGUGAACGUGCCGGGUUGCAAAAGAUAUGGGCGGAGACAUCUUUCAGGAUGCAAUCCCUCCGUGACAAUCCUAUCGCCGCACAGGAAGAGUUCGACCUCAUCCAAGAUAACUCUCACACUGGCCUCUUCUAUGACCUCAAGUACUCCAACACACCUUUACCUUUAUACACCUCUCGUCCAAAGGUUGCCAUCCUUCGUGAGCAAGGUGUCAACGGCCAUGUCGAGAUGGCUUGGGCGUUCACAGAAGCAGGCUUUGACGCAAUUGACGUGCACAUGUCUGAUAUCCUCAGUGGUAACGUCAGUUUGGUCGAUUUCCGAGGAUUGGUCGCUUGUGGUGGGUUCUCCUACGGUGACGUGCUGGGCGCAGGCAAGGGGUGGGCCAACUCUGCGCUUCUGAACGACACCGCUCGCCAGGAGUUCAAGGAGUUCUUCGCGCGAGAGACCACGUUCGCCUUGGGCGUGUGUAAUGGCUGCCAGUUCCUGAGCCAUCUCCGCGAACUUAUACCUGGAGCGGAGGACUGGCCCGAGUUCAAGCCCAAUAGAAGUGAGCGUUUCGAAGGCCGGGUAUCUAUGGUGGAGAUCGUGGAAAGUGAGGCGACAAAAGCGUCCGUCUUCCUGUCGGACAUGGUGGGCUCGAAGCUGCCAGUGGCCGUUGCACACGGAGAGGGAAGAGCCUCAUUUAUGAGUGACAGUCAACAAAAAGCUUUGGAGUCGAAAGGAUUGGUGGCUAUCCGUUAUGUUGAUUCGAACGGCCUCCCCACGGAGCUGUACCCGUUGAACCCGAACGGCAGUCCAGCUGGGAUUAAUGGCGUUCAGACGCCAAAUGGUCGCAUCUUAGCACUGAUGCCGCAUCCAGAGCGAGUUGCAGCCCUGGAGAGUAACAGUUGGUAUCCCGACAACCUCGUCGGAACGUGGAAGGGCGUAGGCCCUUGGUUUAGGCUGUUCCAGAAUGCGAGAAAAUGGUGUAACUAG